AUGCCCGCGCGACGGCGUCCACCAGCGGGGUCGCGCACCGAGCUUCCUCCGCUGAAAAUUCUCCGCAAGAUCUUCCUGCUACAGGCCGCCUACUAUGUCUGUGCCGCGGUGCUCAUCUUAUUCACUACUGUCGUCUAUGGCGCCCCAUUCUCGCUAGACCUGAUAUUUGGCUGGGAUUCACUGCGCGGCGAUACGACCAUUGGGUGGAUGCUGGGGUUGGUGUGGAUGUUGAACUGCUUCAUCAGCGUCAUCUUCCUCCUCCUUUUCGUGUCCCGCUCAAAGCUCAUCCCGGAUUUUGCUUUGACAAUCCACUUCCUCCACCUCAUCGCCACUACCCUCUACACACACUCCCUCCCGACCAAUUUACUCUGGUGGGGACUCCAAUUUGCCAGUGCUGCCAUGAUGACCUUCCUCGGCAUGUGGGCAUGCCAGAGACGGGAGCUGGAGCCUAUCAAGUUUGGUGGACAUGGUGGUAGCACGCAAGCUGGCCCUUCGCAGGCAUCCGACGAUGGCCAGCAGGAAUCGACCUUUGGACGAGGCCGUGGUCGAGAGCGUAGCAUGCAAGAGUAUGAGAUGGAUGACAUGAAGCAUACUGGCGAGCAUGCUGUAUAG